CAUGUUAUUGCACAUGUGUGCUGUUGCUUACAUUCUUGAUAUAAAAGUCACUGGAUCCUAUUUUGUGAGAGAGUGAAAAUUCAGAAGUUCAGGGUAUUUCCAAUUAAAUAAAUGUCUUUGAAAAUCCUCUCCAUGGACAAAUACUGCCUAUGCCUCCACAGACUUACCCAUUUCCUUUCUAUGAACCCUGGGUUCCCCAGGAGUGUUCUUGCCCUCUUGGAUCUCUUUCUCUUCUGGACUCCUAAGAGACGUCUGGGACAGGAAAACUGUGUGGCAGUUAUUUGUGUUGCUCUCUGAUUAUUUUUGAAUGCUCCUAGUCUCCACUGUACUGUACUUGAAGAGGGGUCCCAUUGUGUACUUCGUUAUUUCCCAGAAUCUAGCACAGAGCUGGGCACAUAGUAAGCACUCAAUAAACACAUAAUUAAUCAACACUAACUGGGAAAUUUCUUAAGGUCUUGGAUUCUGUUUCUAAUUAUCUGCAUGGUACUUCAUCUAAGGCCAUAUGCUGAUAGGUGCUUAUUGAUUGAUUUGAUUGAAGCUAUAAACCCUUAUAGAAUACCCACUCAAUUAUUUAACUCCUAUGGUAAUGUGAAUCUGAGCCCCCAGUCUUUUUCCUUAUUUAAACUCGUCUUGUUCAAAGAAUUUUAAAUUUGAUGUUUCUAAUUGAGGUUACCUGGGUUAGCACUUGCACUGGGGAGGAUUCUUACAUACCGGUCAUUAGAGGUGGAAUCCUUAAGUUCAUUCUUUCUCAUUGCACAUUGAGGACCUAGGCCCCCCUGCGGUUAAAUGGCGUGUCUAAGGUUAUUCAUUAAUUCAUCUGAUGUUACAUUUUGAGUCCCUGUUUUGUUCCAGAUGACAUACUGAGUUAAGGGUAAAGUCUCUUAUUUCAUACUUCUCUAGCCGUAGUCCCAAUUCCAAUCUCAACCUCAAUUUAGCUACCAUUAAAUAUUUAUCUCUUAGUGUAGUGAUACCUUUCCUUCCCUUUCCCGCUUCCUAAACAUACAUUGGAGAAAUCGUAUGUCCAAAAUUUCUGCUGGGUCCUACUUAAGGUGUAUGUUUUCAUUUUUUUUGUAAUUGUGGUACUUUAUGGUGGAUUUCAUAGCUCUUCACUUCCAAAGCUAGGACAAUAAUAUAUUUUAAAAAUCUUGUUUUGAGGAAUUUUUUGAAAAAUGUACACUAUUCAUGAUAAGUGAGGAGCUCUUAAAAUAUCCCGGAAACAAAAUAGGAUUUGGGAAUCUAUGUCUCAGGGGACAUGAAUUAGUGUGUUUGGCUGAAUGUGUGAUGAUAUAAUGGCUCUGCCACUGAAAGGCGUAUAGAAUCAGACUAGGAUAUAGAUUUGUCACUCAGCAACAGCUGUCAUCUUAGAUAAGUAGUUCUACUUUUCAGUGCUUGGAGAAGACCAAAAAAUAGCUGCUGUUUAGUCCUAGGUAUAAAAUUAUGUGCUUAGACAUAUAAAACCUAGUUAUAAAACUUUAUAGUUGUUUUUUGUUGGGGGGAGCAGAGGAGGAGGGAGAAUAAAGUGACUACAGUAGUGAUUAUGGGUAAACUGAAGUUUUUGGUCAGAAACUUCCCCUUUAUUUAGAAGUUUGGUUUGGUUCUUUAACAACCUGAAUAUCUUCACAAGUGACAGGUGAGGAAUUGGGGAGAUAGAGAGAAAUGACAUUUUUUCCCCUGUGGACACUUUAUUCUCUGUGGGCUUUGACACAGCUGUUAGAUAUUCUUGCCAGAAAUGCUGCCUGGGGUUGCAAGAGAAAAAAGUCAGUGACAAAAGGAAAGAAAAGUAAAGGAACCAUGGAAUGUAUUUUUCACAGGGCUGCAAACCUGCUGCAGAUUCUGAGCAGAGCACUGGUUCAGAUUCUGAGGUACUCACUGAGCGGACUUCCUGCUCCUUCAGCACUCACACUGACCUGGCCUCUGGCGCUGCAGGCCCUGUGCCUGCUGCCAUGUCUUCCAUGGAGGAGAUUCAGGUGGAGCUGCAAUGUGCUGACCUCUGGAAGCGGUUCCAUGAUAUUGGAACUGAAAUGAUCAUCACCAAAGCAGGCAGGAGGAUGUUUCCUGCCAUGAGAGUGAAAAUCACUGGCCUAGAUCCACAUCAGCAGUACUACAUAGCAAUGGACAUUGUGCCUGUGGACAAUAAGAGAUACAGAUAUGUGUAUCAUAGCUCCAAGUGGAUGGUGGCUGGCAAUGCUGAUUCCCCUGUGCCCCCAAGAGUUUAUAUACACCCCGAUUCUCUGGCUUCUGGAGACACCUGGAUGAGACAGGUGGUCAGUUUUGACAAACUCAAACUCACCAACAAUGAAUUGGAUGAUCAAGGACAUAUCAUUCUGCACUCUAUGCACAAAUACCAGCCUCGAGUUCAUGUGAUUCGCAAAGACUUCAGCAGCGACCUUUCACCCACUAAGCCUGUUCCUGUUGGGGAUGGAGUGAAAACGUUCAACUUUCCUGAGACUGUGUUCACCACAGUUACGGCCUAUCAGAACCAGCAGAUUACCAGAUUAAAAAUUGACCGAAACCCUUUUGCUAAAGGAUUCAGAGAUUCUGGGAGAAACAGAACCGGACUUGAAGCCAUCAUGGAGACUUAUGCAUUCUGGAGACCUCCUGUGCGCACACUUACCUUCGAAGACUUCACCACCAUGCAGAAGCAGCAAGGAGGCAGCACAGGCACUUCCCCAACCACCUCCAGCACUGGGACACCAUCCCCUUCGGCUUCUUCUCAUCUUUUAUCUCCAUCCUGUUCUCCUCCAACUUUUCAUCUGGCCCCCAACACUUUCAAUGUGGGCUGCCGAGAGAGCCAGCUGUGUAAUCUAAACCUCUCUGAUUAUCCACCAUGUGCCCGAAGCAACAUGGCUGCCUUGCAGAGCUACCCAGGGCUGAGUGACAGUGGCUACAACAGGCUUCAGAGUGGCACCACUUCAGCCACUCAGCCCUCUGAAACCUUCAUGCCUCAGAGGACUCCAUCCCUGAUAUCCGGAAUACCAACUCCUCCCUCAUUGCCUGGCAACAGCAAGAUGGAAGCCUAUGGUGGCCAGCUGGGGUCCUUCCCCACUUCCCAGUUUCAGUAUGUCAUGCAGGCAGGCAAUGCUGCCUCCAGCUCCUCAUCACCACAUAUGUUUGGGGGCAGCCACAUGCAGCAGAGCUCCUACAAUGCCUUCUCCCUUCACAACCCUUACAAUCUGUAUGGAUACAAUUUCCCCACUUCCCCUAGACUAGCUGCAAGCCCAGAAAAACUGAGCGCCUCUCAAAGCACUUUACUCUGUUCUUCUCCUUCCAACGGGGCCUUUGGAGAGAGGCAGUACCUGCCGUCAGGGAUGGAGCACAGCAUGCACAUGAUUAGCCCUUCACCCAAUAACCAACAGGCAACCAACACUUGUGAUGGCCGGCAAUAUGGGGCAGUUCCAGGCUCCUCCUCCCAGAUGUCCGUGCACAUGGUUUAAAGGCCAGUCCAAACACCACGGAGCAUUUGGCAAUCAAGGCCCCAGAGUCUCCGUGGUCAGAUCCUCCUCUUUGGGAGUCCAGUGCCUUCAGAAAACAGGAACUGUGUUUUUUUUUUUUUUUUUUUUCUCUGGAGGAUAACAUAUCCCCAAGAACUAGAGACACCUUUAAGCCAGUGAGGGAUACUUGUGGUAGAAUCAUCCACAACUCAGUGGCCAUUCUCCUGCCUUCCCAGACCUUAGUUUUAUAAAGCAUUGUCUGUUCCAGAGUGUCCUUUGAAGAGACUGAAUAAUCACUUCGUCAUGAUGUUAAGGGAGAUGCUAGUGUGUGGCAGCCAUGAAAAGUUACACAUACACACCCACAUACAGACAGACCUACCAAUACAUACCUGCGCACACACAUAUAUAUUCAUACACAGUUCAUACACAUGCAAUCAUACAUGCACACGGACUCUGAACUGGGUGAACUCUGUGGAGGGAGGCCCAGAAUGGGUGCUUUCACCAAGAAUUUGUCUAUGUACAACUCUAGAUGGAGUGGGCCAGCAGUAGCUGCCAGUCUCUCUCCCCUGCAGCUUCCUCUGCUUCUGGAAUGAACCAUGUAUUCUGGAGACCCUCCCAAUGGAUGAGAGUGGAAAGACGUCAAUACAACUGGACUUGGCUUCCGGAAAAAGAUUGCUUUUGAACUUUGGCUCUCUUCACUUGUGUGCUAUCAUUGAUAUUCCCAGUGGUGCCCGUGGAAAGAGGGAGAAAGAACAGCUGAACAGGAGAAAGACAAACAGGAAGAACAGAGAACAGGAGAGAGGUGGAGAGCAAGAGUGACAAAGAAAGUGUGAGCAAUGAUGAGAGUUUUAAUUCACCAAGGAGAUGUGUUUUUGGUUUGUCCCCCCAAAUGCCACCUGCCCCACUACAGGCUAUAGAAAGAAUCAUGGCAUUACUGAGGAGUAAACAUCUCUGGCACAUUGAGCAUGGUCAGGGCAUUGGUCAGAGGGACAGAGCAAGGAAUGCAUCCUGAGCCUACAGCUCUGACCACUGUGAUCCAGAAGAGAGGUGCACUACAUGGGAAGUGCUGAUUCCACAGCAUGCAGCCUGGUAGGGGAAGGGAAAUAGAAGGGAGUGAAGAAGGAAUAGUUUUACAAUCUCGGAAGAUGAUACCAAGAGCAGAGGCAACAAAUAGAGGCCUGACCUCCAAGUGCCGGAUCCAGACACCUAACCUAGAAUGCCUGCCCGCUACCCCUGUGGCAGGAAAAAUCCCCUCAUGUCCCAGGCAAUUGCAGAUGGGUCUUCUAUACCUUCUACCUGCCCUUAGAUCUCCAUUUUUAUCAAAUAGUUCAUUGCAUUUUGAAGUUUUGGGUUUUUUUCCUUCAUCUUUCCCUUUCCCUUCAAAUCUUUUAAUGGUAAGAAAGCAAGUGAAGCUUGGUGCAAGCUAAAAUUUUUAAAUGGUGUGGAAAUGCAAAUAAUACCAAGUAAAAUAAUACAGAUAUUAUUAAGAUUUCUGGUUUUGAGGUGUUGUAGAUAAAUGUAUUUAUGUGCCUAGUGGGGAAUCCAAUAUUAUGAAUAUGAAAAAGGGGGCAAUAAAAGGGUAUGUAAAAUAUGUAUGAAGAAAAGGUGUAUAAAAAUUUGCCCUUAUGCACGAAACUCUGUUUCUAAGUGCCAAGCACAGAAAGCCGCUAAAUAAAAUCUUUGCAAUUGUUUUC